AAAAAGACAAACUAAAUUGUCAUAGUUCACAAUGACUAUUUAUCGCCACUUAUUAGGAAAGAUUAAAACUUUUGUUAAUUGCUAACCAUCAUUUGGGGGCUAGUUUACCUUUUUUCUCUCUAUUGCUUCUUUAGUUUUUCAAUUUUUUUGGGGGGUUUCUAUGAAGCUAUACGAAAUCACAUCAAUGCUAAAUUUUAGUUAUCCAUCAUUGUUCUUCUAAUUUGUCAUUUUUUUUAUUAGCAAAAAAUUCAUUCUCAUUGAGUAUUUCUUCAAUGAGGUUUGUAACAAACAUAUGUAUCACUUAUUACUAUAAUGAUUAUGGUUACUUUCUUGAAUCUAGUUAUAAAUAAAAUGUUUACAAUUUGAGUUUUUCACUAAUGGGUUGUGACAAAUAUGUUUAGUCAUUAGCUUGACAACAUUUUAGUUUCUUCUUUGUACAAACAUUCACAAUGACAAAGAUGUGGUUGAAUGUAAAGGAAAUUCUUCUUCGUUUGCAUAAAGUGGUAUGUGAUUCAACCAAGUCUAGUUACACAUUUGUACAGAGGCAUCCAUGGUUUUCAGGUGCUUCAUUAGUUUGUUUCAUCCUAUAUGUAUUCCUUUCUUAUAUUUACAAUUUUUUGGUUUACAUGUCCCCUUUCCUCGUGUGUGCUAUUAUUUUCAUAAGAAUAUUUUGGAGUUCUGAGCAAACUCAACUUAGAUAUGUCAAAAGAGAUGAGGGAAAUGGUGAGCAAAAAAAGGUUGAACCAAAACAUCCAAAGAUACCUAACACUAGAAGACCUGAACUACUUUACAAGUAUCCAUCACAAAAUGCCACAAGUAGAAGGAGAAAUUUUAGUGACAAGAAAUGGGAUGUAUAUGGUGGUUUAGAAGAAAAGGCCAAGGAUUUGUCAACAGUGUUUCAUAAUGAGUUCACUAAAAGAAAAAAAGAAAAUAAAGGAUUUGCCAAUUUUUUUGAGAAAGGAGAGAGUUCUUUGGAUAAUAUGUUAUAUAUUAAAAAAAAUCAAGUUCAUAAAAGGCGAACUUUAAGAUCUGAACCUUCAAUGGUUGACCUGGUGGAAUGUGGUGAUUUAGAGAUAGAGAAAAUAGAGGAUGGUGAUGAAGAAGAUGGGGAAGAAGCACGAGAGGAUCGAAACAAAGUUAUUGGAUGGACGGAAGAUGAUCAGAAAAACCUUAUGUAUCUUGGGAUUUCAGAAAUGGAGAGAAACAAAAGGUUGGAGAGUCUCAUAGCUAGAAGAAAAGAAAAAAAGUUAUUCAAAGGGCAUCUUGAGAAGGGUAUAACUGAUAGAAAAGUAAUGGCACCAGUUAUUACUAAAAGAAGCAAUCCUUUAGAUUUUUCAAAGGACUUUGAAGAUGGUUUAGAAAUUCCUAAUUCUGCUCCAUCUCUUAUGCCAAGAAGCCCUUAUGACAUUCCAUAUGAACCUUCUGAGGAGAAGCCUAACCUUACAGGGGGUAGUUUUUCUCAAGAGAUAUCUAGUCAAAAGGACAUGCCAUUUUGUAGGCAUGAAAGUUUUAGUUCAGGCCACAUUUCCCUUUCACAAACCAACCAAGACUAUGGAAGUAAGGAACAUUAUUCCUUCAAUAGUGGGAGGAACUAUUCAAACAAGGUUGCAUACUCAAGAUUCAAGAGGCAUACAGAUAAAGGAACUCAUGAUUGGAUAAUUGAUCAAUUGAUUUACAAUGAAGGUGCAAACAAUCCAUUAGGAAAUGGAAGGGAAAUAACACAAAUAGAUGACAUAAAAUGUAAAACUAAAAUGGUUAGCAUGAAAGAUGAGAAAGUGGAGAAUGAUCAUGAAAAAAAAUCCAUGUUAGAUCAAGUAAGUGAGCUAGACUUGGUUCCAAACAUCUCAAAUAUUGAAAAUGAUGAAGUUUUAGAUAAAUCAAGGUUAGGGUUAAGGUUUCCUAAGCCUCAUGGGAGGCUACUCAAUUUUCCUGUAUCUACUACUACUACUACAACUAAUACUAAUAUAAAUGAAGCUUUAUAUGACACUGUCACAUCUGUAGUAGAUAAGAGACAAGAAAACAUGUUGUUAACCCAUGGGAGACUUUGUCACACCCCAACAUAUUCUGUAGCUUCUGACUUGCAAGUAGAGGUUUCUGAAGUUGGUUCACUAACUUCAACAAUUGGUGAAAAUGUUGAGACAAAUUCAUCCACUGAUAGAGACUCUAUACUUUAUGAUGGGGACGUUGAUAGAGAUGUUAGUUCUGGUAGUGAAGAAUUAUGGGGGACCUCUUUCCAUGGAGGGAAAGAAGCCCAAGGAGUUAGAAGUGAGGGGGAUAAUGGAGAAGUGAGCAACAACUCAAAGGAUGUUGUUUCACCUUUUGCUCGACAACAUAUAAAUGAAGAAAAUGCAGCUAACAUUAGCUUAAUGUCCUCCAAAUCUGACAUGCCUGAAGAUACUUCAACUCAUGCAACAAAUAAUCAUCAUGACAUCUUUGGAUAUAUGAAACAUUCUAUAGGGGAAACUGAAGCACCACAAUCUUCUAAUUCUUCUUAUGCUUUGAAUCAAUUACCAACUGAAACACGCUCAGAAAAACUAGAGGAAUGGUGCAAUAACUUACCAGAGAAUGUAACGACUGAGGAACAAGUUAUCAAUGAAGCAAACAAUACAACAGUCAUAGAGCAAGAUAAUAUUGAGAACUCAAGAAGUAGUGAAGACCUUAUCACAUUAGUAACGCGACAAGAAUCAAUUGAUGAUACAUCCACUUACUCAGUUUCAUCAUCACCAAGAUCUGUGUUACCUGAAAAAACCAUGGUAGAUGAAGUUUCAUUAUCAGCUUUUGAUCAACAAAUACUUGUAGGUGCCCAAUCUAUCAUGGAGGGUAUGGCCCAAGAAACUUUAGACAAUGAAAUUUCAUUUGACAUCAUGCCUCAAACUAUUCAGUCAUUGAUGGAUGAUAACACUCAUGGAUCACAUAAUGUCGACUUUAAUAAUUCUCAAGAGCAAACUAUUCUCCUAGAGAAUUCUGUCGAAGAAUCAAAUAUAUUUGAUAGUAUGAAUGAUGGACAAGUCAACAAUAAGGAAGAGUAUGAUGAGUAUAUCAUAGAGAGUAUGACCCAAGAAACUUUAGAUAAGGAAAGUCCAUCUAACACCAUGACUCUAACUAUUCAGCCAUUGAUGGAUGAUACAACUCAUGAAUCACAUAAUGUUGACUAUAAUCAUUCUCAGACUAAUCCCCAACAAAAUUCUAUUGAAGAAUCAAAUAUAUUUGGUAGUAUGAAUGAUGAAGAAGUCAAUAAUAAGGAAGAACAUGAUGAGUAUAUCAUGGAAGGUAUGACCCAAAAUACUUUAAAUGGAAGUUCAUCUAACACCAUGCCUCAAACUAUUCAGCCAUUGAUGAAUGAAACAACUCAUGAAUCACAUAAUGUUGACUUUAAUCAUUCUCAGCAGGAGCAUAAUAUUCCUUUAGAAAAUUUUGUUGAGGAAUCAAAUACAUUUGAUAGCACGAAUGAUGAAGAACUCAACAAUAAGGAAGAUGAUGACAAAAAUAUCAUGGAGGGUAUUACCUUAGAAACUUUAGAUAAUGGAAGUUCAUUUGACACCAUUCCUCAAAUUGUUCAACCAUUGAAGGAUAAUACAACUCAAGAAUCAAAUUAUCUUGACUUUAAUCAUUCUCAAGAGACAACUAUCCCUAUAGAGAAUUCUAUUGAAGAAUCAAAUAUAUUUGGAACUAAGAAUGAUGAAGAAGUCAAUAAUAAGGAAGAGCAUGACAAGUCAAAGGACGAAGAAAAUAAUGAGGACAAUUCUAACAACUUAAAAAGACAAGAGACUACUACAAAAUCAACUAAACCAAUAAAUGAGAUUACAACUUUGGAUGACAUGGGUGCCAUUAAUAGAGUUAACAGAAGAUGAUAAGAAAUACAAACCAUCAAAGUACUUGUAACAUUUAUGAAGAAUUGUCACAACAAAGGGUUAUUAAGCCAAUGAUUCAUCACAAUACAGGGUUAAACCAAUAAUUGUAAUUUUACAUGUUUCCUUAUAUAUCUUUCUCUCCUUUGUGUAUUAAUUCUCUCCUUUGUGUAUUAAUACGAUGAAACAUUAAUUAAGGCCAAUGAUACAAAUACAAAU